AUGUUUGCAAGGACAGCUUUCGCCUCUGCGUUCCGACGGCCUCUGGCCCGGCCGCAAUUCACAACACAACUUCCCUCCAUCAUCAUCCAAGCCCGCCUUCUUUCGUCCGAAACUAAAGCCGCCAUCGACAAGGCAGUUUCAUCUGCUCCCGUUGUCCUUUUCAUGAAGGGUACGCCAGAGACUCCGCAAUGCGGGUUCUCCCGGGCAAGCAUUCAGAUUCUCGGCUUGCAGGGUGUUGACCCCAAGAAGUUUGUCGCAUUCAACGUUUUGGAGGAUCCGGAAUUGCGCCAAGGGAUCAAAGAGUACUCGGACUGGCCAACAAUCCCCCAAUUGUAUCUCGAGAAGGAGUUCGUUGGUGGUUGUGAUAUCCUGAUGUCGAUGCAUCAAAACGGUGAACUCUCGAAGCUCUUGGAGGAAAAGGGCGUGCUAGUGGCUGAGUAG